UGACUCCGGAGCAUGACAGCUGUAAUAUCCUAGCUGGAUGUGAAUAAAAGAGGGCUGUGGUUUAAUAAGGACCUUGUAGCGUAGCAUGCUCUGGCAUAUAUAUGUCCUGCAAGAUACAACUUGGAAUUUUUUUUCGCAUUCCUUAAGAACAAUUGUUAAAAUUCGGCUUGUAAUUAUCGGUUUCUUCGUGACUUUACAAUGUAUGGUAUCCAGCACGAAAGCUAACCUAGCUGUGUAGAAACGGAGCCUCUCGCUAUCAUGGAAUUAGGACAGUCACACCCAUAUCUUGUCGGGACAUCUAUAUGGAUAUUAAAUAUUGCUCUUUAGUUUUAAAAAUAGUUCUUUGGUAUAACGCGAUUGUAGAGAAUGUUUUUUCUAAUUCAGCUUGCUAGAUAAAUAAUAAUGUUCUGUGCAUAGCAAACUAUAUUUAUUCUAUUAUGAAUGAGUCAUGCCAGAGGCACUUGGGUAAGAGACCGAGAGCUAGGUGUUAAGAUUUAGAUUUUGGUUAAGGUUAACGGUGGAAUUUGCCCGUUAUUCUCAGGCAGGAUGAGUAUGCCAUUGUAUACAUUUGUCACCAGAGAUGAGAACAGCAGUGUCUAUGCUGAAGUUUCCAAAAUUCUCAUUUCUACUGGACAAUGGAAGAGGCUCAAGAAAGACAAUCCUCGUUUUAACUUGAUGCUGGGGGAAAGGAACAGACUACCAUUUGGAAGAUUGGGGCACGAGCCAGGACUGGUGCAGCUAGUGAAUUAUUACCGGGGUGCUGACAAGCUGUGCCGUAAAGCAUCUUUAGUCAAGUUAAUCAAGACCAGUCCUGAGCUCUCUGACAACUGCAACUGGUUCCCUGAGUCUUACAUUAUUUAUCCCACUAACCUCAACACCCCCGUGGCCCCAGCCAAAAAUGGAAUGAGCCACUUGAAGAACAACCCUAAGACUGAUGAACGCGAGGUCUUCCUGGCCUCCUACCACCUGAAGAAGAUGAAUGGAGAAGGGACAGUGUGGAUUGCUAAAUCAUCAGCUGGAGCCAAGGGUGCUGGAAUUUUAAUAUCAUCGGAUGCCAGUCAGUUGCUGGAAUUCAUAGAUAACCAAGGCCAGGUUCAUGUCAUUCAGAAGUAUCUGGAGAAUCCUCUUUUGUUGCAGCCUGGCAACCGCAAAUUUGAUAUCAGGAGCUGGGUUUUAGUGGAUCACCAGUACAACAUCUACCUGUACAGGGAGGGUGUACUACGUACUUCUUCAGAGCCUUACAACAGCUCGGACUUUGAGGACAAGACGAGUCACCUGACGAACCACUGCAUCCAGAAGGAACACUCCCAGAAUUACGGCCGAUACGAGGAGGGGAAUGAAAUGUUCUUUGAUGAGUUUCGUCAGUAUCUGCUGAACACACACAAUGUCUCCCUGGAGACGACCAUCUUACCUCAGAUCAAACAGAUCAUAAGAAGCUGCCUAGUUUCCAUUGAGCCAGCUAUCAGCACCAAGCAUCUCUCUUACCAGAGUUUCCAGCUCUUUGGGUUUGACUUCAUGGUAGAUGAAAAUCUGAAGGUCUGGCUUAUUGAAAUUAAUGGAGCUCCUGCCUGUGCACAGAAACUGUAUUCGGAACUGUGUCAUGGCAUCGUGGACAUGGCCAUUUCUAGUGUCUUCACCUUGAACAGUAGCGAUUCCUCAGCCUCCUCUUCCACCUCCUCUUCCUUAUCUUCCUCAUCCUCAUCAUGCUCCUCCCCAAAAUCCAGACCACCCAGUCACCACGGCCCAUUCAUCAAACUACAAUGUGCUAUGAAGACUCUAAGAGGAUGAACACUUCUCAACAAAGGGUCUUAUGAGUUCAGCCUGUAUCAUCCAUACAAAAAGCCCUCAGAAUGAGAAACUUCAGCAUGACAUCUGAGUAUCUUUUGGAAGAAUCUUACAUUUAUCACAUGCACUGCAUGAUUGCUGCAAAGCAUGAAAAAAUCUUACAUUAGUCAUCAUCUUUAUGGGGUUAUUUAACAACAGAAACUUUGCUAUCCUUCACCGAGCAGUGGCAUGAUGUUAUCCUUUUAAUCUCAUUCCCAUAUUAAUAUUUUUAAGUUUAAUUGCCAAAACAUUAACUUUCUAAUGAUGUGAAAACUCUCCACAACAAAAGUGUUCCUUGUAGUCCUAAAUGAAUUUUGGUAAUCUCAUUAAAACAAAUAAAAAUGUUCUUUUUGACCCACCUUAGCAAAAAAUCAACAGCCUGAGUUAACUCUCGUCUGUCACUGUAAGAUUCAGAUGUCUAUUUCUGCAUUAUCUUAUCGUUUUCUUAACCUAAUAGUAAACAAACUGAUAAAUAACAAUAGAUAUGACGUUGAUCUGACACAAUUCCAUUCAACUCCGCUUGUAGUAAAUGGGAAAUGGCAUCGGGUCUUGAGAAAUCUGAAGUAAUAAUUGGUCUUUUUUUUUGUCAUAUGACACUUUUUUUUUUUUUUUUUUUUAAACCUUAUAUGCAUUUUAAUAUGAAGGCUUAUGUUGAGGAAUGUUUGCUUUUUUUUUUACUUAUUGUCAAAUGUAAAUUGUCAAUGUUGCAAAGAACACGUUUCCGUGUUUCUUUAGUGCUCAAAAUGAAGGGAUAAUUUGUGCCUAGGGUGAUUGCAGUUACGUAAAAGACGAAUGUGUUGAGGAAAAAGUUGACUCUUUUGCAAGUUUAAAAAGCGAUUCCUAACGUCAAAUGCAUGAACGGUGUGGGGAGAGUGUGAUCUGAAUGUAUAGCAGUGGAUAGAAACCAGCCGGAAGGGAUGUUUAUUCAUUUUUUUUGUACAUACACUUUAUUGGAUGCAUAUUUAUUUAUACUGGUCUCCUCCAAAUGACUAUGUUCUCCUGUUUAUUGAGGGGAAAUUGUUAUCCCAUGAAGAGGUGCCUUAAAAGAAUGUACAACCUCUUGUGAGUUUGGAGAUUAAUAUUAUAAACACACAUUUUUAAAAGUCAUGGCAUGGCAUUUUAAGUCAAGCAUUUAUGGUUAUCCUUUUUGUAUUUUUGUAACUGUCAACCUGAUGUUUUACUUAAAAUAAGGUGGUCUUAUUACUGUUUUGUAUCAUUUACCUUGCCAACUUGUUUCACUGCUGUUUCGGUAUUUUGCCUUCUGUAACUGUUUAACCCAAACCCCUACCUCAACGUUUUAGUGCAUUUCUAAAAGCAAUCCUGUUCCUGACCAAAGGCUACUCUGUAUCUGGUCUGUGUAGCAUCAUAUAUAAUGAUGGAUCUGUCGGUGUAGAACCUGCUGCAACAGAACAUGGGGGGGUUUGUAGAACAGAUGUAUUUCACAAGUGUCACGUAUAGCACUGUUCAGUAGUUACAGAAGUAAUUAGCAGAACAGAAGACGAAUCUUUUUGUUUUUCAGCUGCCUCUCUUUGACAUUGCCCACCGCACAAACAUGGAUCUACAUGGCUGUCUGAAAGAACUUUCCCCUGUAGCUAUUUACCAAGGAAUGUGGCAAAAAAGGAGUAAAUGCCUUUGCAAUUAAUUCUGGAAGUUGGUUUUUCCUAACACUAUUCCUUGUUCCCUGUCCAACAUGUGGUGUGUUUGUCACCUGAACAUUGGCUCUCAGUUAUUCUCGUUUGGGUUAUUCUUGCAUGUAAAACUGACUGUGUCUGUACUGAGGAAAUUAUAUUGAAAAAUAAACUGUCACAUGAUUUA